AUGCCUCGCAUCGAGUUCGAGCCAAAACUCGACUUCAAGGACGUGCUCCUACGUCCGAAGCGCUCGACACUCAAAAGUCGUGCCGAUGUGGACCUGGACCGCGAGUACAUCUUCCGCAACUCCAAAGCCACCUACACCGGCGUCCCCGUCGUCGCUUCCAACAUGGACACCGUCGGAACGUUCGAGAUGGCCAGCGCGUUGAACAACCACAAGAUGUUCACCACGAUCCACAAGCACUACUCGGUCGAUGAAUGGAAAGCGUUCGCCGCUUCUGCCGCUCCAGGAACCUUCGAUAACCUCGCCAUCUCUUCUGGAAUCUCCGAGAACGAUUGGAACAAACUCAGUGAGGUCAUCAAGGCUCUCCCACAACUCAAAUACAUCUGUCUCGAUGUUGCUAACGGCUACUCGGAAUCCUUCGUUGACUUCAUCCGCCGCGUUCGUGAGGCUUAUCCAAAGCAUACGAUUAUGGCUGGGAACGUGGUCACAGGUGAGAUGGUCGAAGAGCUCAUCUUGUCUGGAGCCGACAUCGUCAAGGUCGGAAUCGGACCGGGAUCCGUGUGCACCACUCGCAAGAAGGCCGGAGUUGGAUAUCCACAGCUGAGCGCUGUGCUGGAAUGCGCUGAUGCCGCUCACGGACUCAACGGCCAUGUGAUGAGCGACGGAGGUUGCAGUAACCCUGGAGACGUCGCCAAAGCCUUCGGAGCUGGAGCCGAUUUCGUCAUGAUCGGUGGCCUAUUCGCUGGACACGACCAAAGUGGAGGAGACCUAAUUGAGAGCAACGGAAAGAAGUACAAGCUCUUCUACGGUAUGAGCUCGGACACCGCCAUGAAGAAACAUCACGGAUCCGUCGCUGAGUACCGCGCAUCUGAAGGAAAGACUGUCACCAUCCCAUACCGCGGAGAUGUCAACGGAACCGUUCAGGACAUUCUCGGAGGCAUCCGCUCGGCUUGCACCUACACCGGAUCCAAGCAGCUGAAGGAGCUCGCCAAGAGAGCCACAUUCAUUCGUGUCACUCAACAGACGAAUGAUAUGUAUGUGCCAUUCGAGGUACCAACUAUCCCAAGUCAAUCUAAAUAG